GGAGCAAAAAAUUGAGUUGGUGGCGCCUGAUUCCUCGUGCUUACCUUCUCCCAAAAUUUUUAUUUGGUGCGACUAUUAGGUGUAACGGCCCAUUUGAAAACCGUCACCCCUACUUUAUUAUGUCGUUAUUAAAACGGUGGAAACGUUUGUCCAUUUGGCCGUGAAAUCAAGCAGAGAUCUCUGGCUACUGUGUUUUUUCUUCUCCCGGCGGUGAAAGGAAUAGGCCGAUGGCGGCGACGACUACUACCACUGCCGAUCCGGAGACCAAGAAGGUAGCUUGUGUGAUUGGCGGGACGGGGUUCGUGGCGUCUAGGCUCGUCAAGUUGUUGCUCGAGAAGGGUUAUGUUGUCCGAACAACUGUUAGAGAUCCCGAUAACAAGAAGAGAAUAUCACACCUUCUGCCGUUAAAAGAAUUGGGUGACCUGAAAAUUUUUGCCGCAGAUUUAACCGACGAGGAAAAUUUUGAUGUUCCGAUUGCGGGUUCCCACUUCGUUUUCCUGGUUGCGACUCCGGUUAAUUUUGCUUCUCAGGACCCAGAGAAUGACAUGAUCAAGCCGGCGGUCCAAGGAGUGGAAAACGUCCUGAAAGCAUGCGUCAAAGCCAAAACGGUGAAAAGGGUCGUCCUAACUUCGUCGGCCGCCGCCGUCACGAUCAACAAGCUGAAGGAGACGGAUUUAGUCUUGAACGAGGAAAACUGGACCGACGUCGAGUUUCUAACUGCAGAAAAGCCUCCAACUUGGGGGUACCCUGUUUCGAAGACACUUGCCGAGAGGGCAGCCUGGAAAUUUGCUGAAGAAAACAACAUUGAUCUGGUCACCGUCAUUCCUUCUCUCGUCGCCGGCCGUCCUCUGACGGUUGAUACUCCUAGCAGCACUAAUCUUGCCGUCUCCUUACUCACAGGGAACGAGUUCCUCAUCAAUGGGCUUCAGGGCAUGCAAAUGUUGUCGGGUUCCAUCUCGAUCACCCACGUCGAGGAUGUCUGUCGCGCUCAUGUCUUCGUCACCGAGAAGGAAUCCGCCGCCGGCCGGUUCAUAUGCUGUGCUGCCAACACCAGCGUUGUCGAGCUGGCCCAUUUCCUCAAGGCCCGAUAUCCACAGUACAGUGUCCAUACGGAGUUUGGUGAUUUUCCGGCGAAGGCGAAGUUAAAAAUCUCGUCGGAGAAGCUGGUCGGAGAGGGAUUCAAAUUCCAACAUGGAUUGGAAGAGAUCUACGAUGAAACCGUCGAGUACUUCAAAGGCAUAGGUGUUCUGAAGUGAGUGAAGAGAGAAUUGGUGAUUGUGCUGUUGAGGAUGAUCAAGCGACAUCGGUUUGGGUUGAAUGCGAGACAAGAAAAAUAAUUAUUGUGUUAUUAUGGUGUUUUUCUCUUUUCUUUUUUGGUUGAGGAGAUUUUAAUUUCUUUUUGUUGAGAAUUUGUGUUUGAUUAAAUAAAAUGGUUAUAUGUGCUUAUGAAGUUUGAUUAUCUUUAUAUUACAACCCCACGAGGAGUUUCAUGGGGAGAGCAAGAGCCAUCGCAUUAGUGUUUCGAGACGACAGGAAGAUAUUAUAUAAUGGAAGGAAGGCAAGAAGCCAAUCGUUUCUCAGCCACAGUCUCGAAGAGCAGCUAUCCCACCAAGCCCCAUUAUCACUUCAUUACAAAAGCGACCUGGCAGAACGUGUAGUAUGGCCCAUGCACGCUCCAACGAUUAUAAAGCUGUACGUACUCGACGUUAAACCAUAAAUUAAAGUUAGCAGUAUGACAUUUCGUAUAGAAACCGUGAUUCCAACGUUUCACACCGCUACGGUGGUUCGAAAGUCGAAAGUGAUCAGAGGGCCGAUCAAGGCCCACGGCCACGAGCCAAAAGAAGAACGUUGACAAGACUCUGGUUGGUUGGGCUGAGGUCAACUUCAUCAGCGUGGUCCAGUCCGCACUUCAGAUGGAUUAUUUGAGGCAGCUAGGUUCCCAACGUUACCGUAACUCGACUGAUAUUUAAUGAAUGAAAGUUGUUCUG